CACUUUCAUUUCUUUCUUCUCAACAAAAAAAUAAAACUUAUAAAUUACUCUCCUUGGAAUCUUUUACACACACAACAACAACAAAAAAAAACAAGUGAAAUAAACUACUACUACUCAUCAUCAAUAUGGGCAGAGCUCCUUGUUGUGACAAAAAUGGACUUAAAAAAGGUCCAUGGACACCUGAAGAAGAUCAAAAGCUCAUUGAUUACAUUCAAAAACAUGGAUAUGGUAAUUGGAGGACUCUUCCAAAGAAUGCUGGGCUUCAAAGAUGUGGAAAGAGUUGUAGGCUUCGUUGGACUAACUAUCUAAGGCCAGAUAUUAAAAGAGGAAGGUUUUCUUUUGAAGAAGAAGAGACUAUCAUUCAACUCCACAGUAUUUUAGGCAACAAGUGGUCUGCUAUUGCUGCACGUUUACCUGGUAGAACUGACAACGAAAUCAAGAACUAUUGGAAUACACACAUCAGGAAAAGGCUUUUGAGAAUGGGGAUUGAUCCAGUGACACACAGUCCACGCCUUGAUCUUCUUGAUCUUUCUUCCAUUUUAAACCAUUCAAUUUACAAUAAUUCAUCUCAUCAUCAAAUGAAUCUUUCAAGAUUGUUAGGCCAUGUGCAACCUUUGGUUAAUCCUGAAGUCUUGAGAUUAGCUACUUCUCUUUUAUCAUCCCAACAACGCCAAAACUCAAACAACUUCUUGAUCCCAAAUAAUCAAAUUUGCCAAAACCAAUUGCCACAAAUGGUCCAAAGUAACCAAAUUCAAGCCCCUAUUCAAGAUUUUCCAACUUGCACAACUAUAAGUACAACCUCAUGUGUUCCAUUUUCUAGUCAUGAAGCUCAACUCAUGCAGCCACCAACAACAAAAAUGGAGGAUUUCUCAUCAAAUCUUGAAAACUUUAGUAACUCACAAAAUGAUUGCCAAGUUAUUAAUGAUGAGUGGCAAUUAAGCAAUGGGGUAACGGAUGAUUAUUUUCCUUUACAAAAUUAUGGGUACUAUGAUCCUCUAACAUCCGAUGGUUCAACAUUUCAAUCCAACGAAAACAACAAUUUUAACUUCCAAUCAGUUGUUUUGUCGAAUUUAUCGACACCUUCAUCAAGUCCUACGCCAUUAAAUUCAAACUCAACUUACUUCAACAAUAGCAGCAGCACAACUACUGAAGAUGAAAGAGAUACCUACUGCAGCAACAUGUUGAACUUUGAUAAUAUUCCAAAUAUUUGGGAUUCUACUAAUGAAUUUAUGUAAUUUUUACUCUUUUUUUGUAAAAAUGGAACAGACAAACAGUUCGGAAGAGGUGUUUUUUUUUUUUUUUUAUUUACCUCUGAGCUUUUGGACAUGUUGUU